AUGAUAAAUAAGAAUGGAACAUUAAAAAACCUUGUUCAAGGUUAUGUCGAAGUAAGAGGUAAUAGCGCUUUAAUUUUAGGUAGCAAAUCCUUAUUAAACGUAUUAAAUGGCCAACAGGAAAUUUUCAUGGAUGGGACUUUUAAAGUGCCUCCAAAAGUGGCGAAAAUCUGUCAAUUGUAUAUAAUUGUGAUGCGUAUUAAUGAUAAGGCACUAAGAAGAUUAUGGGACCGCUUGAAAAGCUUGAAAAAUGCAAAUGACAUGAUUUUAAAAAUGGCAUUUUGUCUGGCACUAGCUCCAGAAGAAAAAUUUUCUGAGGGGUUAGAAGUUUUAAAAGAAAAAAUAAAUUGUUAUGAAGAACAAUACCAUGAGGAGUUAAAAAAGUUUGUGAGUUAUUUAGAACGCUACUGGGGUAGAAAAACUCACAUUCUAUGCGUUGGUCAUUUACCACAUAGAACAAAUAAUAUUUGCGAAUCUCUAAAUAGCAAAUUAACAAGAAGAAUGGGAAAGCAUCCUGGAGUUUGGAAAUUUUUGUUUUUGCUGAAGGGCGUAAUUUCUGAAGAGAAAAUGAGGUACGAAGAUAUCCUAAAUGGGAUAUACACUGGGGAAAGAAUGCGUUCAAGGGAUAAGAACCGAGAUAUUAUAAUUCAGAAUGCUCAAGAGGAGCUCCAAUGCGGAGGGUAUAAUUAA